GGUCACUUUGUUGCACACGUUUUUCAUUCGGUCAACAUCAAUCGUUGUGAUAAAAUUAGUGAUAUUGGAAUUUUUCUUGUGUUAGAAUUCAUUUGGUUUUAUUUUAAUUUAAUAAGAUGCCACCGAAAAAGAAACCCGAUACGAGUAAAAAAGCCGAUUUAAAGAAAAAGGAGAAAAUCAUUGAGGAUAAAACAUUCGGUUUAAAAAAUAAAAAGGGCGCCAAAACUCAAAAAUAUAUCCAACAGGUUCAACAUCAAGUGAAAUAUGGUAAUUCAUCGAAAAAAAAUCUAGAACAACCUACUGUAUCGAAGAAAGAUGAAAAGAAAAAAGAGCUUGAAGAAUUAAAUCAAAUUUUCCGGCCAGUAGCAUCGCAAAAAAUUGACAAAGGUGUCGAUCCGAAAUCGGUGUUGUGUGCCUUUUAUAAAUCCGGACAAUGUUCGAAAGGUGACAAAUGCAAAUUUUCGCAUGAUUUAACUAUCGAACGUAAAAGUGAAAAGAAAAGUCUAUAUUUUGAUGCACGAAACGAAGAUGACAAUAUGGAGAAUUGGGAUGAAGAUAAGCUGAAAGAGGUUGUUGAAAAGAAACAUGGUGAACGGGAGAAAAAAUUACCAACAACGGAGAUCAUCUGUAAAUUUUUUCUGGAAGCUAUCGAAUCAAAUAAAUAUGGUUGGUUUUGGAAUUGUCCGAACGGUGGUGAUAAUUGUCAUUAUCGACAUGCAUUACCGCCAGGAUUCGUGCUGAAAAAAGAUAAAAAGAAGGAGAAAAAAGAGGAUAUUACAAUUGACGAAUUGGUCGAAAUUGAACGAAGUAAAUUGGGCUAUAAUCUGACAAAAAUAACUUUGGAAAGUUUUAAUGAAUGGAAAAAGAAAAAGAGGAAGGAAAAACAAGAAAAAGAACGUAGCGAAAUGGAUAGGAAAAAAGCUGAAUAUAGAGCGGGCAAAAAUAUUGGAUUUAGUGGUCGUGAAAUGUUUACAUUCAAUCCGGAUCUAGCGGCCGAUAAUGAUAUGGAUGAAGGUGAAGCAGCCAUGGAUAUUGUACGUGAACAAGAUAAUGAUGAUAUUGAUAAUGUCAAAGAGAUCGAUAUCGAUGAGAUUACAAUGAUGGCCAAUGAAUCUGAUAAUUCUGGUACGCAAUGUGCGGAAAUGAAACGUAAUUUUGCACAAACUGAUGAUGAUACUGAUAAGCAACAACAAAGGAUAACAAAUGAAUCGAAUGAAACUAAUGGCCAAAACAAUGAUGACAAUAAUGGUGAUGAUAUAAUCAAUGAACCAAUCGAUGAAUCAUUAUUUGCCGAUGAAGCUGAACUAUUGGAUGAUCUAGAAAACGAACUAGAUGCUGUCAAACUUAAAGAUUAAAAUAAUUAUUUUCUCCCUUCCCACAAAAAAAUUUGAGCAACUGGAAAACUGAAUUGUAUAAAAUAUAUUUUUCUUCAAUUUUUCCCCACACCGAUGGCUUUCGCUAUCAUGAA